AUGUCACGCCGCUGCUUGCUAGGCUUGGAUUCCUAGUGUGUUCAGACCGCUAGCUGCACAAAAAGACCCAGCGCCGUAGGAGCGCCGUACAGCUGUGCAGAGGUCAACGCCGACCGCUCAUCAUUUCUACUCAGUGGUACGCUGCGCUUGAGUAGCGUAAAAGCACCGCUCGAGCCACGCAGCAGCUUUGCUCUCACAGUGCAGGCUGCUGCAGCGCUGCAAAACACAGCCUCAGAGAUGGAUAGCGCUGCAAAAACAGCCUCAGAGAUGAAUAAUGACAGUGAAGGAACGGACAGAGCAGCCAUCCUAGCCGCUCGCAAGGAGCGCAAGGCCGCUGCAAAAGCGGCAAAAAAGGACAAGAGUGCGAGGCCGCGGCGCGGCCCGUCGCGCAAGGGCUGCGGCGUGCCGCCGGCCGUCGUCGACGCCAUCGAUGCGCUGGAACUCGCCCCGGUCUCCAUCGAGGUGGCCCCGCAUGCUGCCGCAGCACGAGCAUUCACCGCUGCGACCGCGAAGCACCGACGCACGUUCCAGACGACGAAUAGGGCGACGCAUCAGCUGCAGAUCGAGUCCCUGGCGUCGCUCGUGGAACGGCGCGGCCUGCUCGAGGGUCACCGCGUGGUCGAACUCGGCGCGGGCAAGGGCCUGCUGGGCGGCGUCCUGGCGGCGCUCUCCGACACGAAGGCCGUCGCCCUGGACCGGCGGCGAGCGCCGACGACGACCUACAACGACGCGCACAUCGUGGCCGACGUCGAGAAGUGCGACAUCGAAGCCGUCGUCGGCGCGACGGGCGGCGAGAAGAUCCUGCUCGUGGCCAAGCACUUGUGUGGCAGCGCGUCGGACGCGGCAGUCCGCGCGGCUGUCAAGCUCGGGCCCCGGAGGGCGUCCCUCGUGCUGGCGCCGUGCUGUCACCCGCAGAUCGCCUGGGAGACCUACGCCGGGCGGGCGUGGCUGGAAGGCCACGGCAUUGGCGUGGAGGCCUUCGGGGUCCUGCGCGACGUCGUCCGCGCGACGCGCGCGCCGCGGCCCGAGGACCGGCUUUUUCUCCGGUCCGGCGAUCGCGGCACGCUCGACGCGCGAGAAAGCCGCCGCGUCGGCGUCGUGGCUAGAAGAGCGAUCGAAGAAGGUCGGCGCCGCGCGCUCGUGGACGCGGGAUUUGCGGUUCAGGUGGUGAGGUACGCGCCGUUCGAAGUGACGCCUGACCGGUUUGUACUCAUAGCGGUCGAGGCGCCGACGCCACCGCGGCCGCCCCCGGCCUUCGUCGUCGACGACGCCCCUCUCACGGGCUGCGCGCUCCACACGGACAAGAUUCUAGGUGCGGACUGUGCGCAACGUGUUGCGGAAUACGUCUUGGAGCGCCACGCCUCGGUCGCGACGACGGCAUGGGUGGCGCAUCUCCCGGAGCCUCUGGAUGCCACUGUGCCGGGCGCGUUCGCUGCGGAGCGGUCCUUCCCCGUCGUACUCGUCGGUGGUGAUUCCAGACGCCUCGUCGCCGCGCUCUCGGCGGACGAGGUCUUAUGCCACCGCGCCGAUAUGAUAAUACCCUUCGACCGGCGCGCGUCAUCAGCGGCGGAGGUCGUGGCCGCGCUCUCUACAGAAUCGUCGACGCGCGUCUUUUGUUUGCCGCGGCAGGACGAGAGCGGGGUCAUCGCCGCCGCUACUGACAGAGGCAUAGCUCUGUCGCCGACGCAAUUCGCGACGACGGCGUCAAUUCUGAGGCUCGAUGACGACCAGUGGCUCUUUUCGACGCUCAGCCGAGCCGAGUGGGACCCCAUCGCCUGGCGCGUCGAGCGCAUGGGCACCAAGACGCCGGCGUUCCACCCGUGGGCCCGCGAGGCGGUCGCGCGACUGGUUGGCGAUCCACAAUGCGCCAUCGCCGUGGGUGAUAAUGGAGGGGCUGUCUCCGAGGCCCUCGCCGCGGCCGGCGUGCUCGUCGCCGUCGCGGGCGGGCCUUCACCGGACCUCGUCGUCGCGGCGGGCCCGCGCGAGGAGGCUCUUGAGGCGCUCGAAUCAUUUUGCGAAGCGCGCCAGGCCGACGGGAUCCGCUGCCUGGCCCGCUUACGCUUUGGAGGUCGUAUGCCAAGUAUGGCCGCGGUCGCCCGGUCCUUGCAGGAGGUCUACGACGACGUUGAAAUCGUCCACCUGCUCACGGACGCGAAAGCCGAGCGGACGGUGGUGAUGACGUGGCGGGACACUUGGAGAAACGAAAGCUACGAGCUAGGAUAG